CCGAUCUAGCUGUUUCAGUGGUUUUUGUUCUCGUGCGCGCUUUCGAGCGGUAGUUAUUUUGAAAGGUGCCUACGGUCGCAGGGUGCCAUGCAGUCAAUGGAAACUUACGAAAUGAGUUAUUUGCUCUAAAAUAAUUGUGCAUUUCAGCCCAGCAAUAAUGCGUUCCGCAUCGACUCACCGCUCACAAUCGAGCCCAACUUUGAAGGAUGCUUUGCGUGCUGCCUCUUGCGCAGCAGCCCCCGCAGCAACGGCUGACAGCGGAAAGUCUGAAGACGACUUGUUCGCCGAACUCUACGUCUCCGCCAGUAAACAAGCAGGCGCAGAAAGUCCGAUUCCUCGCUUUCACUACAAGCUGCCUUCCGACGACAAUGUAUUGUCGCAGAAACUGAGGGAGGAAUCUCGCGCUAGGUUCCUGGAGCGUCGUAACGCCGAGCUCUUGGACCACGACGAGCUAAAAACACUCAUGGACGAAUUGGCCAACGUGUCCUCUCCUCCGAUCGUACACGAAAAAGCGAUGCUUAACUACACAGAUUUCAAGAAAGUCUCUCAACGUUGUGGCGAAAAAUGUCGCUCUUUCUUCACUGCCAAGGUCUUUGCUAAGCUCCUGCAAAAGGACCCGUACGGCCGAAUAUCCGUAGACGACUUCUUCAACUACGUCAUGAAGAAAGUGUGGAUGCAACAGACUCGUGUUAGCCUCUCUUUCUACGACGCUUCUGGUCAAGGCUACCUGAGAGAGGCCGAUCUGGAAUCGUACAUAAAGGAUCAGAUACCUACCCUGCCUCAGAUUAACGGCAUUGAGCAAACGUUUCACUCUUUCUAUGUGUGCACGGCUCUGCGGAAGUUCUGCUUCUUUCUCGAUCCUUUGCGAACUGGAAGGAUAAAGAUACAGGACAUCCUGUGUUGCCCGUUCCUCGACGACCUCACAGAGCUUCGCAGCGACAAGCUGGCCAGCUCCGAUCUGGACACGAACUGGUUUUCUGCCACAUCGGCCCUCAAAGUUUACGGUGACUAUCUCCACUUAGACAAGACUCACAAUGGAAUGUUGAGCAAGAGUGAGCUUGCCAGAUAUGGCAAGGGAACGUUGACGCAGGCAUUCAUUGACAGAGUCUUUCAGGAGUGCCAGACAUACGACGGUGACAUUGACUACAAGACGUACCUUGACCUUGUCUUGGCUCUGGAAAACCGCAAAGAGCCGCAGGCACUGCAAUUUUUCUUUCGCAUCUUGGAUAUCAAUGGUCGUGGUUACCUGGACGUCUUCUCACUGAACUACUUCUUCCGGGACAUACAGGAGCAGAUGAGAAAACAUGAGCAGGAACCGGUGAAGUUUGAGGACGUGAAAGAUGAAAUAUUCGACAUGGUGAAGCCAGAGGACCCAUGCAGAAUUACUCUCAAGGACCUUAUACGUUGUGGUAAAGGCAGCACAGUAGUCAGCAUUCUCAUAGACGUCAACGAAUUCUGGGCCUAUGAUAACAGGGACACACUAGCUGCAGAUGUCUGAAUGUAUUUAUGAAUUUAAAUGCUGGCAUGACUGCCAGCAUUUAAACGACUUUCCUUGUGUGCGCGAGACUUCACGUUCGGGUAGCAUGAACGACGCUGGUUACAUGCCAACCGCUUGAGUGGAAGUACUGGCAGUCAUGGUAGCUAGUGUCUACGGCCUCCGGCUACUGACCGGAAUGACUAAGAGUUAGUUUCCGACCUCAUUGGUCGGUUUUUGGGGGAGGCAAAAUGCUAGGAUGUCAGUGGACCUUAAAGAAGCUGGGAAAGAACCCCAUACCUGAACGAAUUUCUGGGCAACUAAGAAGCUUUUCUUUCCGAGAAAUCCGUGCAGUUUUCAAAUGGGUGUGUGCGCGCUCUUGUGCGAGACGAAAUUAAAAAGACGGUGCCAGGUCACAACCACUGUGCGAGCCAAGCCGGCCGGAGCGGUAAUGUGACACCAAAAUGGACCUCCUGUGGUGAGCACAGCUGUGCAACUUUGCGCAGAGUCCGGGAGAAGGCAGAAGAGGGACGUCUGUGCAACUGGAGAGAUGCCAUGUUCUUGUCUCUCGGCAGUUUUCUUUACCUAAAUAAAUGCUGUUUUGUUGAAGUAAC